AUGGUUUCGAGUUUUGUUGUGGCGGUUGUGCAGCCGGUGACGAUGGUGAAAAACAGCCUCUGGUGGCUAGAAACCACAGUUUACUUGUUCCACUUGGGUGCUUCGGUGACGCUCAUAUGCCAGUUCAACGGGGUGCCAUUGCGGUACCACGGGGUGGAGGUGGUGGUUCUGUUGGCGAUGGCGGGGUGUUUUUUGCUGGGGCUAGCUCUAGGGAAACCGGGGAAAUUGGAAAAAUCGUCCGAUGUGGAAAGCACGCUGACUGCUUGUCUGGAGCAGCUUUCGCUCAACAAGGCCCAUGAAAAACCCGAUGUCGCCAACAAGGCGAGCCAGAAAACGCUCGUCCAGAGAGAAGCUUCCGGAAGCACGCUUCGAAGCGACAGCAGCGAGCCGGAAAUGGUGUCCAAGGCCAUGGCACUGAACUCGCUCGAAGACUACUGUGAGCACAACUGGAUGAGCCCAUCGUUGGAGUAUUCGCUGGUGCCGGCGCUCAAUGGCUCGGAAAACGACGUCCACCGGCUGAAGCUGGUGAGCCAGCUCCAUGUGAACAAACGGCUGCCGAAAAAACGCAAGUGGCAGCUGAUCCACGACGAGAAGGUGUUUUUGCUGAGCGUGAGUGAAAACCUACUUCCGUCGGUGCUCAAGCUGAGCGAGUCCCCGAUCCAGGCCAGCAAGCGGAGCAUGGAGAAUUUCCGUGCUUCUGGCGAGUUCGACGGCAGCCCCGUCCGGACCCAGUACCACACUCCCCGAGCCUCGCCGAGCCGAGAAUCGUUCGAGAAAGCAAAAUCCUCCUUCGACCGCCACAGCGCUAUUUUGGAAGGCCCCGACCGCCACAGCGCCAUCAUGGAGGGCCUAGAGGAGAUCCCCACGGCGCAGGCGCCGCCAUGGACCACGCAGGGCCCGGGGCUCAGGCUGAUUCUGCUUCAGGACUGGGAGCGCAACAAGCACUGGCUUGGGAGCCCCGAGGUGGAUUUGGAAGAUUUGGGGAACAAUCGAAGCGAGGUGGAUUUUGAAACCCUCGACAAGCCCAGUGAGGUGGAUUUUGAAACCCCCGACAGGGAUAGGCGAAGCUUCAAUCUGAGACUGGCGCCCUCGCUCCACACAUACAGAAGAAACUCCGAAGGAUCCAACCGCCGCCUGGUGUACGUUCAGGAGCUGCUGGAAAACGCCCUCACCCACUGCGUCACUCCGACUGCCAGGGUGCCUGAACUCCCGUGUAUCCAAUCCACAAACUCGUCGCCAAUUAAAAAAGUAAUGGGCAUGUUCCGCCGGCGGGGGCUGGAGGCCGAAUUUGCCGGCCCAAACUACAGUUUCGGCUACCACAAGCACAACGACCUGGUUGCAAAUUCCACAAUCUCCCACCCGAUCCUGGUGGCCUCGGGCAAGUCGUCGUCCGGGCUGCCCCGGAAAGCCAUCAAGUCCUUUUUAAAAGGCCUGCUGCUGCACAAAUCCGGAAGCAGCUUCACGUAUACCCCCCACAACCCUCCACCGGUUCCUCCAGCACCUCCGCCAAUUCCCAUUUUGUUCAACAUGCCCAAAGACCCGCUUUUCCGCCACAGCACCGAGCUAAUGCAGCCGUUCCGGGUCCCCUCUGACGAGUGGGACAUGGGCGAGGCCACUGCUCUGGACCAGCUGCGGGUGAGCAGUUUGCCUAGUGCCAUAAUUGGCGAGUACGAUAAGGAGAAGUGGCGCAAGUUGAAGGAGUUGGAGGCGACGCAGGAGGCCGUGGGGGCCGAGCGGGCUGAAGUGGAAGUUUGA